CCGCAGCCGCCGCCGCCACAGAUGGACCCAACCACUUCUGUCCGCGAGAGCACCGCGCGAGUUGUUGAAAAUGCGGAGCACGUCACAAUCCACAAGGACAGCGUCGUGGCGCUCGCGGACAAGCUCGAACGCAUCUACCUUCGACAGAAAGAUUCGCUCCACGACCAAAUCGCGUGGGAUUAUGGCGAUGUCCACUACUACGAGGACGCCAACGACGGCGGUCCGCUGACGUGUCAAUAUGUGUUUGUCCUGGACGCGCUCAACUUUUGCUUCUGGCCCACUCCCGACAUGGAGUACGAGCACUUGGCCCGUGGGCUCAAGACCGCGGUCCUUCACGACCGUUCGGCUUUGGAUGCCUCCCGCCUCGCCAACGUCACAACCGAGACUGUGGCCUCCUGGUUUGCCCCUUUCCACCCUCCUCAGCUCGAUGAACGGGUGCGAAAAGUGCAAGAGUUGGGCGCAGGCCUCGCGCGGUUCUUUGACGGGCUCGCGCUCAACCUCGUACGUGCGAGCAAGUUCUCGGCCGUCGAAUGCAUCCGCCUCGUGCUGGCGCACUUUCCAGGCUUUCAAGAUCAUGCUGUGUACAAAGGCGACCAAGUUUUUCUGUACAAGCGAGUGCAGAUCCUCGUGGGAGACGUCUGGGCUGCGUACGGCCGCCAUAUUGUCGACAUGGCUGUCCCGUCGACGCACGUUGUUGGGGGCUUCUACGAUAUCGAUCGACUGACCAUGUUUGCCGACUACCGCGUUCCCCAAGUGCUCCGGCCGGAAGGCGUGCUCCAGUACUCGCUUGCGCUGGAGGCGCUCAUUCAGGCAAAAACACCCAUCCCGUCGGGCAGUCAGAUGGAGAUUGAAAUACGAGCGAGCACGAUCCAAGCCGUGGAACGUGUCCAUGCUGAGUUGGUUGCAAAGGGCCAUCACGUAAAAGUGAUUGAGCUCGACUGGCUGCUGUGGCAGAUCGGGGAACGUGCGAAAGACGCGCUGCCGCCGCACCACCGCACGUGGAGUGUCUUUUAUUAAACAACACGAUUCGUUCCGAGA